ACAAAAUCUUCCAGAUCCUUUGCCCGGGGGGCAUAUUAAUUAGCCAAAGAUGGUGCAACAGAUGCCCAAUGUUCAAAAUAAUGCUCUUGGUAUAGUCCAAGUGCAGUUCAAUAAGCAGCAUCAAAACAAUCCUGUUGGUGGCAUCCAUGGACCACAAGAUCCUGUGGAAGCAACAUUCCAUGUAGCUGAGCAACUUAACGCCAAUCAACAAAGAUAUGUACUUCCUGCAUGGCAUCCAAAUGCAACCCCACAACCCAACCUACAGAAUAAUGCCUUUCAACCAUUAGGGCUGCAAGCAGCACCCCCUCCCUUGGAUAGAAAUCAACUGAUUGAUCUAGUCCAGGAGACAUAUGGUCCAACUUUAAGACCAUUGGUUCGUCUUUCCUAUCACAAGCCAUAUCCAAAUUACAUAGAUUGGGAUAAUCCAUUUUCUCAUGGAUUCAAAGUGCCUGAAUUUACUUUGUAUUCUGAGGACACGAGUCAAUCAACCAUUGAACAUAUUGGUAGGUUCACUAUUCAAUGUGGGGAAGCAUUGGGUGUUGAUUUUUUGAAGUUGAGACUUUUCCCAAAUUCUUUAACGGGUACUGCACUAGCGUGGUACCUAAGUCUACUGCAAAAUUUUGUAUUUACUUGGAGACAAAUGGAAGAUUUGUUUCGUAUUCAAUUCUACUACUCAGAGCUUGAGAUAUCCAUGGCUGAUCUUUCUAGAUUGACUCAAUGGCUAGGGGAAUCUUUUGAAAAUUAUCUCAUGUGGUUUAGAAAAGCCAGGAUGAAAUGUCAUGUUGCCUUACCAGAGCAAGAGUUUGUGAAGCUUGCUCAAAAUGGUUUAGACAUUGAACUUCGAAAGAAGUUUGAGAGGAUGGAAUUCAAAGACUUCUUUGAGCUCUCUUAUAAAGUGGCAUGUUAUGAGAACCUUUUAAGAGAGGAAUCCCAAAGAAAAGCAACAUCCCAAGGAACUUAUUAUCAGGAUGCUUUUGACCUUGAUGUUGUCGAGGUCUUUGCAGACAAGCCAAUAACUUGUCCUAAUCUAGUGAAAGUCACUCAACAGGUUGAGGCGGCUGCAAAGCGUUUCCCGUAUGAAUCUGGGAGACAAUACACAUUUGAUGUGACUAAAGCAAAUGAAAUCUUUGAUUAUCUGAAAAAGUCAAGACAUAUUAAGCUGCCACAAGGGCAUUGGCUCCUAGGGUUGCUAAAAUUGCAUCCAAAGAUUACUAUUGACAAAGGGCUACUCUGUUUCCCUAAAAAACCCAAAGAAGCCAUGGGUGUCGAUGAGAAUCCUUUCCCAAAUGUAGAUGUUGGGGUUAAUGUUGCUGACAUAAGAAUCAUUUUUGGAAGAACAUAUAAAGGGCGAACUUUGGCUGCAGAUGACCUUCACUGGGUGAUUGAGAAGAAAAGGGAACGUCAUGCCCAACAAAAUCAGAGGUUUGAGGGGCAAUGCCAUGCUGCCAGAACCUAUGCUUUCAGAUCUAGGAUGAAGGGGGAUCGACAUACAAAUCGCUCUUGUAUGGUUAAGCCUCCACAACGACCUCCAAGUAAAAGGUUGGAGAAGGUUGUGCAUCCCAAGUUUCCAAAAGAACUUGUGAAAAAUCCUAGAACUUUGAGAAGAAGGUUGCAACUGAAGCAAGCAGAGGCAUGUUGCCAUCAACAAUUAGCUACUGAGGAAGUUAAGAAUGAAUCUCAACUGGAAGUGCCACCUCCUAAGCUCACCUCACUUAUCGUCAAUGAAAAUGAGUUGAAGGCAACCUUUGAAGCAAAUCAGCAAACAAAGUUGACUAGCGAUGAUAAUCUUUUUGAGGACAUGGAUGUUUUGCAGAUCGGUAGCAUCUCUAUUAAUCUCUCUUGUUUGGUUCUCAUGCUUCCUUUGGUUUUUCAAGCCAAGGGUAGCGAGAGUACCCAUGUUCCUACCCAUGUUUCCAAGGGCAGCAUGGUUGUUGAAGAAGUGAUAGAGUUUCCAGCCCAAAAAGAGAAAGAGGAGCAUGAUAUCAUCUCAGAACAAAUUGUCUUUGACAAACUAGAUGGUGAUUUCACAAGUGGUGUUAGCAAAUCAAAAAGAGUGCUACUGGUUGCACUUACUAUCGGCAAAAAGACAUCAAUGAGUGAUUUCUUUGUUGUAGACUCUUUUGCAACUUAUAAUGCAUUACUGGGACAUGAUUGGAUCCAUUUGAAUUGGCGUGUUCCAUCUACUCUUCAUCAAAGACUCAUUUUUUGGAAUGGAGGCAAAACUGAGGUGGUUUAUGCUGAUAGCAGACCAUUCUUAGCUAAUUCCAAUAUGGUGGAAGUACGGUACUAUGAUGAAGACGUAGGAACCAUCCGUCUCUUCAGCAUGGAUAGACAAGGAAGACCUCAUGGAAUUACUGCUUGCAACAAGCGUACCUUGGCUAAGUCUGCGGUUGACGAGGUGGUACAUGAAGGUGAGGAAGACACCCAUACUGAUGGAGUCACAAUGGAAGAGUUAGAUUUGGCCCCUGUGAAGCUGGAUGACCUUAAGGCCGAUAUGCCAAGUUUAGACCGAAAGUUGGUAGAGCAUAGACUACCAAUCAACAAAGGAUAUAAGCCGUACAAACAGCCGCCACGCGGUAUGUCUCCAGAAGUGAUUUUGAAGGUGAAGGAAGAAAUGGAGCGAUUGCAUAAAGUUGAUUUUAUACGGAUAGCUAGGUACUCAGAAUGGUUGUCUAAUAUUGUUCCAAUAGUGAAGAAGAAUGAAAAGCUCAGAGUCUGCAUUGAUUUUCAGAACUUAAAUCUAGUCACACCAAAGGAUGAACAUCCCAUGAGAGUAGCAGAUUUACUUGUUGAUUGGAUUGCACGCCAUCGCAUUUUAUCUUUUAUGGAUGGGCAUAGUGGCUAUAAUCUGAUCUUUAUUGCAGAGGUAGACAUAAGUAAAAUGACGUUUUGUUGCCCUGGAAACAUAGGUACGUAUGAAUGGGUCGUGAUGCCAUUUAGGUUGAAAAAUGCAAAAGCUACAUAUCAACGGGCUAUGAAUGCAAUUUUUCAUGACAUGAUUGGCUGCUUCAUAAAGAUUUAUAUCGAUGAUGUUGUGGUCAAAUCCAUGGAGGAGGAAGAACAUUUGGAGCACUUAAGGAAAGCUUUUAAAAGGAUGCGACAACAUUGUUUGAAGAUGAAUCCUCUCAAGUGUGCUUUUGGUGUUACAACAGGGAACUUUUUGGGUUUUCUAGUCCAUGAACGAGGCCUAGAGGUGGACAAAAACAAAGCAAGGGCCGUAAUUGAAGUGUGGCCACCACAAAAUAGAAAGGAAUUACAAAGCACUGAUCAAGCCUCUGGAGCUGGAAUUAUUAUUGUUUCUCCAGAUGGCAUAAAAAUCGAAUGGUGUUUUCAAUUGGAUUUUGAAUGCACCAAUAACCAAGCAGAAUAUGAAGCUUUAGUAAUUGGCCUUAAGUUGUUGGUAGAGUUGAAAGUGCCAUCAGUUGAAAUUGUGGGUGAUUCUCAAUUAGUUCUCAAGCAAUUGAGUGGUGAAUACAAGUGUACAAGUGUGGUUUUGUCUCCAUAUUUCGCCACUGCCAUCCAACUACUGAAGGAAUUUGAUUAUGUCUCCCUGAAGCAUAUUCCUCACAACAUGAAUGUUGAAGCAAAUGAACUUGUGCAGAUUGCUUCAGGGGAUGUCUUGUAUCGUACCGGGCAGGAUGAAUUAUUAUUGCACUGCCUCGGUCCUGAUGAAAGUUGCCCUGUGAUGUCAGAUGUUCAUAAUGGUAUCUGUGGUGCUCAUCAGCGAGUGCCAGCUUUUGAGUUACAUCCUAUUGUCAAGCCAUGGCCUUUUCGUGGCUGGGCAAUUGAUUUGAUUGGGAAAAUUUAUCCACCUUCUUCUAAAGGCCAUUCUUUCAUAAUAGUUGCUACAUACUACUUUACUAAAUGGGUGGAGGCAAGGCCUAUGAAGAAGGUUGAGCAAGGAGAUGUCAUCAAGUUCAUAAAAGAGGAUUUGAUCCACAGGUUUAGCCUUCUAGAAACUAUCACUUCUGAUCAAGGUACUGCCUUUGUUAGAUCUCAAGUAGAGGCCUUUGCAAAAGACAUGGGAUUUCAUUUGCUUAAUUCAACUAUGCAUUAUGCACAAGCAAAUGGUCAAGCAGAGGCAUUUAAUAAUAUUAUCAUCAACUUUUUGGAGAAAAUGGUUGAUGAUAAUCCCAGAAAAUGGCAUGAGCUCCUAUCAGAUACUUUCUGGGCAUACAUAACCUCACAACGGAGUUCAACUAAGGUGACCCAAUUCUCUCUUACUUAUGGUCAUGAUGUUGUCUUGCCUAUGGAAUUCACGGCAAGGUCUCUACAGAUUACAAUUCAAAAUGGCUUAAAUUCUAGGGAAUACGAUGAGGCCAUGAUCAUGGAGUUGGAAGACCUUGAGGAAGCAAGGCUGACAGCAUUGGAUGUAAUGAAAGUUCAGAAGCUUAAAGUGGCACGAGUUUACAACAAAAAGGGUCAAACAAAAGAAUUUAGCCAAAGGAAGCUGGGUUUGGAAGGCUGUGUUGCCGCUUGGCAAGAAAGAUCCCAAAUAUGGUAAGUAGUCCUUUAAUUGGGAAAGACCAUUCCAAAUUCAUAAAGUUCUUAAAGGGGGUGCUUAUUGGUUAAAGUCUUUGAAUGGGGAGUUGCAUCCAUGCAAGAUCAAUGGCAUCUACUUGAAACCGUAUCAUUUGACUAUAUGGGAGGCAUGGGAUAGUUCUGCCUCCACGUCUGCAUGAUCCAGGUUUGCAGACAUUCGUAUAUUAUUUGAUUCAAGUUGUUUUUCUUUCAAUAAGGACAUGUAGAGUUU